AAUAAUAAUUUGGGGCAACGACGCCGGUUUGAUGUGUUCUUCUCCUAUUUUAUCCCUUUUUCUGGUAUGCCUUGGGCUAAGUGAUCCCAAUUCACAGACAAAACGAAACCGUGGCUUCUGCAACUAAACGUCGUUUCCUUUUUGAAAGAAAAAGUCGAAAAUAGUUUCAGUAUGGGACUGAGAAGGAGAGAGGUAGAUGGGUCCGCUGAGGCUGGACCCAGUAGCGGAGAAGCGGGUCCCAGCAGCUCCGAACCAGUAGUGCCGCGGCGGUUCCCUCUGGCGGCUCAGCCUGAGAUUAUGAGGGCCGCUGAGAAGGACGACCAGUACGCCUCCUUCGUCUACGACGCCUGCCGUGACGCUUUUCGCCACCUCUUUGGUACAAGAAUUGCCGUAGCUUACCAGAGUGAGAUGAAGCUUCUAGGACAAACGCUUUAUUACGUAUUGACAACUGGUUCAGGGCAGCAAACUCUGGGAGAAGAAUACUGUGACAUAACUCAGGUUGCAGGACCUUAUGGACUUCCUCCAACACCAGCAAGGCGUGCACUUUUUAUUGUGUACCAAUCUGCAGUUCCUUAUAUUGCAGAACGAAUUAGCUCAAGAGUUGCUUCUCGCGGUAUUAUCCUUGCUGAUUCACAGUCUGAGGACCUAUAUGGUAAUAUUGCUUCAGGGAACAACUAUGUUUCAGAUGGUUCAGCUUCAUCAACAUCGGGGGCAUCUGUUUCAGCUUUGACAACAUUGAAAGAAAAACUCAAUAGAUUAUGGUUCUUUGCAGUUCAGAGAUGGCCGACGGUGCUCCCUAUAGCUCGUGAAUUUUUGCAAUUGGUACUUCGUGCUAACCUUAUGUUCUUUUACUUUGAAGGCCUCUAUUAUCAUAUCUCAAAACGUGCAGCUGGUAUUCGUUAUGUGUUCAUUGGAAAACCAUCAAAUCAAAGGCCUAGAUACCAAAUUCUGGGAGUAUUUUUACUAGUUCAGCUAUGUAUCAUUGCGGUUGAAGGACUGCGGCGUAGCAAUUUAUCAUCUAUUGCAAGUUCAGCUCAUCAUACAUCCUCUGGGAUGCACCAUAGUUCGGCAGAACGAGGUUUGCCUGUUUUAAACGAGGAAGGUAAUUUGAUAUCAGUAAGUACUGACAAGAGAAGUUGGAUGUACGAUUCAUCAUCAACUUCAGAGUCCCAAGCAACAACUGGAAUGAGCAAAUGCACGCUAUGCCUUAGUGAUCGACAGCAUCCAACAGCCACACCCUGUGGUCAUGUUUUCUGCUGGAGUUGCAUAAUGGAAUGGUGUAACGAAAAGCCAGAAUGUCCUCUAUGCCGAACACCCAUAACUCAUUCAAGCUUAGUUUGCUUAUAUCAUUCAGACUUCUAGACCUGGGUUGUGGUUUUUGUAUUUUGCCCCAAAAUGGAUAGGAAAUAUGCAUCAUAGAGAAAUUGUAGCCAUAGAUAAAGAUGAAGAAAUUGUAGCAGUUAACAUGUAAAAUUUGUUUGAAUUUGAGGUAAUUAUGUAUUUUUAUAUAUGUUUGAGAAGUGAGAAGGGUAGCCCUUGUAGUGAUAUUAUUGUUGUAAUUUAGCUAUUUAGCAAGCAAAAGGUUCUUUACAGAAUAAAAUUAGCAUUUUUAUUUUUUA